GAGAGAGAGAGACGAGGCGCCGGUGACCGAAUAACAACCUCGCAGAUUAAAGGAGACUUGAAACGAGCACAAAGGGACCCCGAAUUUUAAAGACACUGAAUCGGAAUCGUAACCGAUACCUGCUGAUAGGACGAAGCGAUCCGCGAACAGAAGAAAGAUAAUUAGCGCAUUGGAGACACCAGGAUGGAGUGGCAGCCCGACGAGCAGAGUCUUCAGCAGGUGCUGCUGCUGUUGAAGGAUUCGCAGUCUCCGGACACGGCCACGCAAAGAGCCGUGCAAGAGAAACUGGAGCAACUCAAUCAGUAUCCUGACUUCAACAAUUACCUGAUCUUUGUUCUCACAAGUCUCAAGUCUGAAGAUGAGCCCACCCGCUCUCUCAGUGGUCUGAUUUUGAAGAACAACGUGAAGGCCCACUAUCAGAACUUCCCACCAGCCGUGGCCGACUUCAUCAAGCAGGAGUGUCUGAACAACAUUGGGGACCCCUCACCCCUUAUCCGUGCCACCAUUGGUAUUCUGAUCACCACUAUAGCAUCUAAAGGGGAGUUACAGACAUGGCCUGAGCUACUACCUCAGCUCUGCAACCUGCUGAACUCUGAGGACUACAACACCUGUGAGGGGUCAUUUGGCGCUUUGCAGAAGAUCUGCGAGGACUCGUCAGAACUGUUGGACAGCGACGCCCUCAAUCGACCCCUCAACAUCAUGAUCCCCAAGUUCCUGCAGUUCUUUAAGCACUGCAGCCCCAAGAUCAGGUCUCAUGCUAUAGCAUGUGUCAAUCAGUUCAUCAUAGGUCGUGCUCAGGCUCUCAUGGACAACAUUGACACCUUCAUAGAGGCUUUGUUUGCUUUGGCGGGCGAUGAAGACUCUGAGGUGAGGAAGAACGUGUGCAGGGCGCUGGUGAUGCUCCUGGAGGUCCGCAUAGACCGCCUCAUUCCACACAUGCACAGCAUUAUCCAGUACAUGCUGCAGCGCACGCAGGACCUGGAUGAGAAUGUGGCUCUGGAAGCGUGCGAGUUCUGGCUCACGCUGGCGGAGCAGCCCAUCUGUAAAGAAGCUCUGUCAGGACACCUGGUCCAGCUUAUACCCAUCCUGGUGAAUGGGAUGAAGUAUUCUGAGAUUGACAUCAUUCUGCUGAAGGGCGACGUGGAGGAGGACGACAACGUCCCGGACAGCGAGCAGGACAUUAAGCCGCGCUUCCACAAGUCCCGCACCGUCACCCUGCAGCACGAGGGUGGCCAGGGCGAGGAAGGCGAGGACAUGGACGAGGACGAGGACGACGACGACGACGCGCUGUCCGACUGGAACCUGCGGAAGUGCUCUGCGGCGGCGCUGGACGUCCUGGCUAACGUGUUCCGUGACGACCUGCUGCCCCACCUGCUUCCUCUGCUGAAGGGGCUUCUGUUCCACCCCGACUGGGUCAUCAAGGAGUCGGGCAUCCUGGUGCUGGGGGCUAUUGCUGAGGGCUGCAUGCAGGGCAUGGUGCCUUACCUGCCGGAGCUGGUUCCCCACCUCAUCCAGUGUCUGUGUGACAAGAAAGCCCUGGUGCGCUCCAUCGCCUGCUGGACGCUGAGCCGCUACGCCCACUGGGUGGUGAGCCAGCCGCCGGACGCCCACCUCAAACCCCUUAUGACGGAGUUGCUCAAACGCAUCCUGGACGGCAACAAGAGGGUACAGGAGGCCGCCUGCAGUGCGUUCGCCACUCUGGAGGAGGAGGCGUGUACCGAGCUUGUUCCUUACCUCAGCUUCAUCCUGGACACGCUGGUGUUCGCCUUCGGAAAGUACCAGCACAAGAACCUGCUCAUCCUCUACGACGCCAUCGGCACGCUGGCCGACUCCGUGGGCCACCAUCUCAACCAACCGGAAUACAUCCAGAAGCUGAUGCCCCCCCUGAUCCAGAAAUGGAACGAGCUGAAGGAUGAGGACAAAGACCUGUUCCCCCUGCUGGAGUGUUUGUCAUCUGUUGCCACGGCUCUGCAGAGUGGCUUCUUGCCCUACUGUGAGCCAGUGUAUCAACGCUGCGUCACACUGGUGCAGAAAACCCUCGCUCAGGCCAUGAUGUACAGCCAGCAGCCAGACCAGUACGAGGCCCCUGACAAGGACUUCAUGAUCGUGGCGCUGGAUCUGCUCAGUGGGCUGGCUGAGGGUCUGGGGGUUCACGUGGACCAACUGGUGGCACGCAGCAACAUCAUGACACUCCUCUUCCAGUGCAUGCAGGACACGAUGCCAGAGGUGAGACAGAGCUCCUUUGCUCUGCUGGGAGACCUGACCAAGGCCUGUUUCCCGCACGUCAAACCCUGCAUUGCGGAGUUUAUGCCAAUCUUGGGGACGAACCUCAAUCCUGAGUUUAUCUCUGUGUGUAACAAUGCAACGUGGGCCAUCGGAGAGAUCUGCAUGCAGAUGGGAGUGGAGAUGCAGCCCUAUGUGGCUCUGGUUCUUCCUCACCUGGUGGAGAUCAUUAAUAGACCAAACACUCCCAAAACCCUGCUGGAGAACACUGCUAUCACGAUUGGUCGGCUGGGCUACGUGUGUCCACAGGAAGUGGCUCCUAUGCUGCAGCAGUUUAUCCGGCCCUGGUGCACAUCGUUACGCAACAUCCGAGAUAACGAGGAGAAAGACUCUGCCUUCAGAGGCAUCUGUGUGAUGAUUGGUGUAAAUCCUGGAGGUGUGGUCCAGGACUUCAUCUUCUUCUGUGAUGCGGUGGCCUCCUGGGUCAACCCUAAAGAUGACCUGAGAGACAUGUUCUACAAGAUCCUACACGGUUUCAAAGACCAGGUAGGGGAGGAGAAUUGGCAGCAGUUCUCAGAGCAGUUCCCGCCCAUCCUAAAGGACCGCCUCUCUGCAUGCUAUGGGGUGUAGCCCCGCCCCUCCCUCCGCCCACACUGCACGCCCAUGCGCUGUCAGUUGAAUCUUUUAGGAGGGUUACCGGGGGGAAACUCAUCCAUCUGUGUAUUGCACUGCCCUGAUCGUGGGGGAGAGGGACACGAUUGGCCGCUCCGCCUGACGGACAGACCCCACGCCCUGUGUGUGU